AUUUACAUGACUGGCGGGUUUAUGGCGAUGCAAAUGGCAGUUGAAUCCUCAUUUAUUCAGAUGUGGAAUUCGAAAGAUUUACGUCUUGCUGAAGACAAUGUAACAAUUGGACAAUUUCCAUACCACAGAAUCCACUUGCCAGUGCUGCCGUCCACAGUGCGACCGAAUAUAAGUCUCAUUUAUUACUUGACAAUUAUAGGAUUCCUCUUGAUUCCCAUGACAACCCUGCACAAGUCAAUUCAUGAUAAAACGACGGGUUUCAAGGCCCUGAUGAGGAUCCUCAGGUUUCCUCCAGGAUCAAUGUACGUUGGGUGGCUUCAUUACCUCAUGAUCACAGCAAUACCAGCCACCAUGAUCGUCACCUACAUUCUGUCCCCGAUUUAUUCAAACUACGGAGCAAUUGUCCUGGGUAUAUUCUUCAUGAUGUACAUAAUAAUGUCCACUACGAUUAUUCUAGCUAUUGGCGCAUUUUUCACACACUCUAUAAAAGCUGCAUUGGCUUGUUUUAUUUUUUGGAUUUUCCUGGCCCACGCCACGAUCGUCGUGGAUGAAUCAAUCAUUGACUCGGGGCUUCUGAUAAAAACAGCGUCAUUAUUUCUUCCUCAUAGCGGAUUAAUUUACGGUCUAGCCAGUUUCACAUCCAGGAGUGAAAUCGGUAACUAAAUAAUAAUUAAUUAAUUAAUGUCAAUUGAAUUAACGAACGAUAAAAACAGAGUGACGAUUGCUCUAGUACUGCUUUUCUGGAGCUUUCAUAUAGUCGCGUGGCACAAGAUUGGGGUUUAUUUGGAAAAUGUUUUCCCGGGAAAAUGUGGAACGCCCAAGUCCUGGUAUUACCCCUGCAAAACCACAAAGAGACCUUCAGACAUUUUCGUGACAUUCCGAGGAAGUACCAACUGGUCGGCUGUGGAACGAGCUCCUAAAUUUGUCCAAGCUAAAGUGAGAGUACGCCAAGUGACAAUGAGGUACGGAGUUGCACAGACACUGGAGGUAUUGAGAGACAUGUCCAUUGAUUUUUACCCGAACGAGUUCAGUGUGAUUCUUGGACAUAACGGAGCUGGAAAGAGUAGUUUAUUAAAAAUAAUGGCAGGCAUGUACAAGGCAACUAAAGGCAAGAUUUACAUCGAGGGUCGUGACUACAGCGAUGAAGAUUGGUCCGAGUACCAGAAGAAGACGUCAAUUAGUUACUGUCCACAAGAGAACAUACUCGUAAAUUACCUCUCCACUUUUGAACACGUGCACCUGUCUGGAAUGAUGAAGGAGAUGGGUAUCAGAGAAGCUAAGGAACGAGCCAUGACUCUUCUGAAGCAACUGGGAUUGGAGAAUGAAAAAAAUCUCUUGAUCAAGGAUUUAACGUUUGGUGGGAAGAGACGAUUGUGUCUUGCGAUGGCGUUGAUAGGACAAUCAGAAAUUUUGAUCCUCGAUGAACCAGCGUAUGGGCUGGAUCCUCAGCAUCAGAAACAAAUUUGGGAUGUUUUAGCAGCUUCGAAGGGGCAUCGGACUGUUAUCAUGGCGACGAAUUCGAUGGAAGCUGCGGACACUCUCGCUGAUCGAAUCGCCAUUAUUGCACGUGGAACAAUCGAGUGCUGCGGAUCCAAAUCGUUUCUCAAUAAACGUUACGGAAUUGGAUAUGACCUGAAAAUAAUGACAAAACCAGGCUGUGCGAUUGAGAUUCUUCAGCGAUCAAUUCAAGAAUAUUCUCCACAUCAAAUAACAUUCAGGGGAACCGUAGGAAUGACAGUGAGAUUUAAUGUUCCCAAAACCUCGAGAUUCCCUAAAUUAAUGAGUUUCUUAGAAUCUAAUAAAAAACAACUCAGGAUUGAGUCUUUUCUACUGAAUCCUCCGAGCAUUGAAGGACAAUUCAUCAGGAUUUGCCUGUCGAGUUAUUUCAAAGAAAGGGGAGUAUCAUUCCCGAUGAAUCAAUAUGAAUUGAUCGUCCAGGAGAGAAGAAAGACGUUAAUUCAAUCGGGAAAAACAUGGAGUAGGAAUACAAAUGGUACAUUAUAUCGUCAGCAAAUAGCAGCGAUGUUAUAUAAAAAAUUUUUUCACGUUGUAUCGUCGUGGAAGCUCUAUCUUUUUUCCAUUAUUUUUUCUGUUAUGACGUUGACAUUCGUUAUGAUGGUGCCCCAACUGUCGAGGCAUUCGCAGUUCCAUUCAUUAGACAUCGACCUAAACGUCACGAGAUAUACGUCAAGAAAUUUUUUGAUGCUAUACCAUUCCUCACUGGAUCCCGAUGCUGUGAGAUUCCUUGAGUCCUUGAAAUCUGUCUCUAAAACAUAUGGCGAUGAAAACUUUCAUGUAUUACACAACAUCACAGCCACCGAGUUGAUGAUUCACCCAAAUUUGCGUUCGAUUAACUGGAGAGAUCGAUAUUUCAUGUCGAUUGAUAUUCUACCGGAAAACAAAGUGAGAAUAAUGCACUCUCCAGUUGCAAUCGACAGUGGUCCCAUCGCUUUGAAUUUAUUUUACAAUUCUUUAUUGAGAUAUUCAACGGGUAACAGCAAUUUGAGAAUUCAUUUGAAAAGUCAACCAUUGAUUGAUCCUCACGACUGGCAACACAAGAUUGUUCAUCAGAGGAGCGUAAAAAACUGGGAGAAUGCAGUAAUUAUAAUCACAUUAUUCCUCGUAAUUCCCACUGCUGAGUUGGGAAUAAUAGAAUCAAGAAGUUCAACGAAGCAAUUGCAAUUCAAUACUCAUGGAAUUACUCCCUUCAUGUACUGGAUGCCGAUUUAUUUCGUCGAUUUAAUCAUCUACGUCUUUUCACUUUUGAUAAUAUCACUCACGAGCUUCGCACUUUACGAAAAUAGGAAUGAUAUAUCCAGUGGAAAUAUCGCUCAGGGGUUUUUCAUUCUUUUUACCUAUGGGAUGGCGGCUAUCUCCAUGGGAUAUUGUAUUCAACUUUUUGUUCGCCAGAGAGGAACUGUUUAUCUUAUUAUAUUGGCCAUCAAUUUAUUCGCAAUUUUGGCCAUGAACCCUGCAAUAAUAUUUCCACUAUUUUUGCGGUGGCUCAGUAAAUCAUUACGAAUUUUAAUAGAAGUAAUUCUCCAUGGAAUUCCAGCGUACACCCUUGCGUGUGCAAUAGGAAAUUACAUCGGAAUUAAUUUGUACAAUAGCCAGUGUAAGGCUGAGAAUAACUGUGGGAAUGAUUUUGGAAUUGAAGAUCCCUGUUGUCAGAAUUGUGGAGAUCGUAUUUGUCAUGUAGCACUCGAUGCUCUCAUGGACAGUCAAUCAGGUUCAAUGUUGGUGCAUUCAAUUAUCAGUGAUAUCGUCAUCAUGUUUCUUGAAACUCUCGCUUUUCUGUCCACCAUCUAUAUCUUCGAAACGAGAAAACAGCAAAAAUCGGUUAAUACUCAGGAAGGCGAAGAAUUACCCGAAGACGUCAGUAAAAAUAACCAGGAAGAAAUUGUGGAACAGGCACAAGAAGAAAUUCCAACAGGAACAAUAAAAAAUAAUCCAGUGGACGAUUUAAUUGAAAUUUACAAUUCGAUCGAGAGUAAUGGAUCGUCAUGGAAAAUUAUUUACAUAAAUAUUUGCAACAAUUGCGAUUGUCCCGUACAUCAAAGUUUUAAUCACAAAUUUGAAUCCAUUAUUUUUACAGACAAUGAAGAAGUCUUGCCUCCGGAAAUCGUAGUGAAGGUGGAAAAUUUGUCCCAGAGUUACGGAAAAAAAGAAAUAGUUCAUGACAUCAAUUUCGAAAUCAUUAAAGGUCAUUGUUUUGGAUUAUUGGGUAUGAACGGAGCUGGAAAGUCGACAAUAGUUCGAGUACUGACUGGUCAGAUCCCCGUAACCACCGGGAGAGCAAUUAUCCACAAUGUGGAGAUGUCUACAGACCCAGAAAAAUUUUUUGGAAUGAUUGAAUGUUGUCCUCAAAAUAAUGGACUGUUGGAAUUUCUGACUGGAAGACAAAAUUUGAGAUUUUUCGCAGCGAUUCGAGGAGUUCCCAGGAAAUUUAUAGAGGAAGAAAUCGAUAAAUGGCUAGAUGUCUUUGAUUUGUUGGAGUUUGAAAACAUAAAUAUCAAGGAUUGUGCCUGGGGUAUAAAACGUAAAGUAUGUCUUCUCCAAAGUACCAUUGGGAAUCCUCCAGUGAUUAUUCUAGAUGACCCAGCCUCUGGAAUGGACGUGAUAACUCGGAAUGCACUCGUGGAAAUUCUUCAUCGAGUGAAAGAAAUGGGGACCACUCUUUGUUUAAUGUCUCACAGUAUGGAGGAGGUAGAAGCACUUUGUGAGUCCUUGGGGAUUUUGGUGGAUGGAAAAAUGGUUGCAGCCGGAACCUCUGAAGACGUCAAGAGAAGUUUCGGUGAUAAAAUAACGAUGAGAAUUAUUCUAAAGCAAGAAAUAGGAAACGAGGACGUUGAAAUCAUUAGAACAUCUGUCGAGCGGGUUUUUCCUUCGUCUCAAUUUAUUGAUCAACACCUGUACUGGUUAAAUUACGAACUCCAGGACAGAAUAUCUUACGACGAAAUUCACGAGACUUUAGAAAAAUUAAAAGGAGAUCAUUCAAAUAUCAUUAAUUACUUCGUUAAUCAACAAUCUUUGGAUCAAGUAUUCCAUAAAUUAUCGAAUCUAGACGUUGGUGGGAGGAUCGAGCUAUCCGUGCUGCAACGAAUAUACACGGAAUUUGGAAAGAUAUUCUCCAAAAAAUGGAAUUGAACAUUGAGCCUGGACCAUUAAAAAAUGGUCUCGACUUUUUUAUAAAAUUUUGGU